UAUUUGAGCGGCGAAGCGUAAGUCUGGUCUUCCCAAUCGACGCGCCACUCGCCGUACAGAUCUUGAGAGUGGAGCCAAUACAAACGGAGCGCCAUAGCUCACUCUCCCCUCCCUCCUCUCUCACUCUCUCCCGCUCCUCUCUCUCACUCAUCACUCCUCUCCUCCGUCUCUCCUGCUCUCUCCGAUAAGCCCUAAAAGUCCUCCCCGCCGUGUCUUCGGCCGCUCACACGUCGUCGUCAGGUGCUGGGAAUGGUGGUGGCGUCGCUGCUGCAGCGCGUGGACUCCACGCCGAAGAGCAAAGCCGAAGCUGGAGCUGACCAGUGCGUGGCGGUACCUCUCGACUCCGACGCCGUUGAGAGUCCUGGUAGUGAGAGCAACGGGAAGGCUGAGGGCGGAGGGGGAGAUCCUGCCAGCAUACCGGCCCCGAGAAGGCAGAGCUCGAGGAUUCAGACGAUUCAGGCCAGGCAGACCGCCGAGAAGGAGCGGCUCGCGCGCUGCAGGGCAAAGCUGCUCGAUGAAGAAGAGGAUGGCCGCGCGAAGAAGAAGGUGAACCUCAGGAGAGUGGGCUUGCACGAUGUGGAAAAUGCGAGCAAGGCAGCUCGGAAGGAGGAGCAGCAGGCUUUGGCUGUACCGACUGGGGAAGAGAAGGACAAUGCUGCUGUCAAGAAGAGCGAUUAUGUUAAGGCCAAGGAGACGCUGUGUGGACGGGCUUUGGGCGGCAGCGUGGAUGAGGAAAAUGGAGCUCCCUCUGAUAGUGCUAAGGCUCCGAAUGGAGCUGAGAAGAGCGAUUAUGCAAAGGUUAAAGAGACGCUUAGGUUGUUCAACAAGCAUUAUCUUUACUUUGUGCAGGAGGAGGAGAAGAGGUGCAGGAAAGAGGUAGUCGAGAAAAGAGCUGCUGCGAAGGGUUCAAAAAAAUCUAAGGCUGCUAAGGGCAGUUCUAAGAAAGGAAAUGGACCUGAGGAGGACAAAAAGAAGUUGGCCAAGCGUCCUGAUCUAAAGGCAAUAUCCAGGAUGCUGGAGACCCGUUCUGUGUUAAACCCCAAGAAAAGGGUUGGUGACAUUCCAGGUAUCAAGGUUGGGCAUCAGUUCUAUUCUCGGGCUGAAAUGGUGGUUGUUGGAUUUCAUAGCCAUUGGUUGAAUGGAAUUGAUUACAUGGGGAUGGCAUAUAAAGCGGAUUACAAGGACUACCAGUUCCCACUUGCUGUUGCUAUUGUUCUCUCUGGCAUGUACGAGGAUGAUUUGGAUAAUGCCGACGAAAUUGUUUAUACUGGUCAAGGUGGGCAUAAUCUAACUGGUGAUAAGCGCCAAAUUAAGGACCAAAAAUUGGAACGCGGUAAUUUGGCUCUCAAGCAUUGUAUAGACCGUGAUGUGCCUGUGAGAGUGAUCCGCGGCCAUGAAUGUGCAAACAGUUAUACUGGUAAAAUCUAUACAUAUGACGGAUUGUACAAGGUUGUUAAGUACUGGGCAGAUAAGGGUAUAUCUGGAUUCACUGUCUAUAAAUAUCGACUAAGACGGGUGCCUGGGCAACCAAUGCUGACCACUAAUCAGGUUCAGUUUGUUUAUGGACGCGUCCCUCAAUCUGUUUCAGAAUUACGCGGCAUGGUAUGUGAGGAUAUUACAGGUGGUCAAGAAAAUUAUCCUAUACCAGCUACCAACUUAGUUGAUGAACCACCUGUUCCACCAUCAGGUUACAAAUAUAUCAACUCAAUUCAAGUUGCGAAGAAUGUUAAGCUUCCCAAGGCUGUAGCUGGAUGCAAUUGCAAGGGAUCUUGCAUAGAUCCUAGAACCUGUGCAUGUGCUAAAUUAAAUGGCUCUGACUUCCCAUAUGUUGAGCGAGAUGGAGGCAGAUUAAUAGAAUCGAAGGAUGUUGUCUAUGAAUGUGGUCCAAAUUGUGGAUGCGGACCUAAUUGUAUAAAUCGCGUAUCCCAAAGAGGACUGAAAUAUCAUCUCGAGGUUUUCCGGGCUCCACGUAAAGGAUGGGGAGUUAGAUCAUGGGAUUUUAUACCUGCUGGCGCACCUGUAUGUGAGUAUAUUGGAAUCUUGAAGAGGUCAGAAGAUUUGGAGAGUGUCUUGCAGAAUGACUAUAUCUUUGACAUAGAUUGCGUUCAGACCAUGAAGGGGCUCGGAGGGAGGGAGAGGAGAUCCCGUGAUCCAUCUAGUCAGGCUACUGAUCAUGCGGAGGGUCGUGAUGAUCAGAGAUAUGAUGCACCAGAGUUCUGCAUUGAUGCAGGCCCAUCUGGAAACAUUGCUCGUUUUAUAAACCAUAGCUGUGGGCCUAACCUCUAUGUUCAGUGUGUUUUAAGCUCACACCAUGACCUGAAGCUUGCUAGAGUGGUGCUAUUUGCUGCAGACAACAUACCCCCAUUGCAGGAGCUCACAUAUGAUUAUGGCUAUGUCCUUGAUAGUGUCUUCGGUCCCGAUGGCAAGGUGAAGAGGGUGCCAUGCUACUGCGGGGCGGCAGAUUGCAGGAAGCGCUUGUUUUAGGUGCUAAUUAUUAACCAUUAACAAAGCAUAGGGCUUUAUUCGAGUUUUUGCUGUUCCUCCCUUUUGUCCACUAUCAUUGACCUUUAUUCAGCAAUUGACCCUUUAAGACUCGGGGCUCUUGCUUUCAACCUUGUGCUAUGAAGAUAGCCCAGCAUCCGCAGUAGAAAAAACAAGUAGGAUUGGAGAAGGGAAAGGAAUAGGGGCGAUUUUUGUGAAGAAAAACAGAAACUGCAGAGGCGAAUUGUUUGUCUGUCGAUUUGGAAUCUGUACAGUGCUAAACAUUACUGUGACUGCAUGGUAUUUAUCUUAAAUCAGCGGGGCUUUCAUGGAAGCGAAUUUCAAUGUGGCCAUUUUUGUAUCGAAGGUUUGGAAAGGGGCCAGUUUGCUAGUUGAAUAGUAUGGAAAUGAGGAGUGCAAACAAGUGUUAGGAAGUUGCGUAUUGUUUUAAAUUAGGUUUUCAACUUGCUACUGCACUCAUAAUACGUAAAGGUUGCUUUACGUAGAGUGCAAACUGUCUA